CUGGGUCCGCAUCUCCUUGACAGCGCUGUUCCUCAACGUCAGGUCCCGCCUGCGGUGACGUAACGAGGGGCGAUCAGAGAGCCCAUUGGCUCAGCGCAUGUCCAUCACGAGCGCCGAAGGGGCGGGAGCAGGGAAGGGAAAUUAUAAGGUCAUUUGAAUUAACUCCAGCUAAAAACCAACCCACUGUUUUUUUUUUUUUUUUAAUAAAGUCAAUGAAACAAAGACGUAGAUAAGAAUGAGUCAAUGAAUUAAAAAGGCGAAGACCGGGAUGUGAUCUCACCUUGGGGAGUAGUGGCGCGGAGUAGCUGGUGAUAUCGCCGGGUGCGUUAAAACGCAUGCAGUAGCUGGCUAGUUAGCCAGGGCAGGCGCUUUAGCUAAGCCGAUCGAAGGGGGAACUGUGUGCGGCUGGGGGGGGGUCUUCAUCUGUUAUCAUUUCGCCGGAAUAUUGGCUGGAUACCGGGGCGUGCGAUCAAGGAUGUUGCGACUGGCCUGCUGUGCCGGCUUACUCUUCUUGUUGAGGCUAAUCAUGGACCUGCCGUGGUGGCAGGUCGUCACCAGCAUCAUCAUUUUCUACUUGAGCUCCGGGGGCUGGCGAUUCGUCGACGUCGUGGUGAAGACCCUGGGAAGAGACCUCCACGCCGCUCUCCUCCUGCUGAGGGUGAAGCUCAACGUCAGGAGGCACCUGCGCCAGCGCAACACCAUCCCCAAGAUCUUCGCGGAGACCCUGCAGCGGCACCCGGACAAGACGGCGUUGAUAUACGAGGCCACCGGUGAGGCAUGGACAUUCCGGCAGCUGGACAUCUACUCCAACCGCGUGGCCAACCUCCUGCUGCAGAGGGGCUUCAAGGAGGGUGAUGUGGUGGCCCUCUUCAUGGAGAACCGGCCGCAGUACGUGGGCCUCUGGCUGGGGAUGGCCAAGAUCGGCGUGGAGGCAGCGCUCAUAAACUUCAACCUGCGCAUGGAUGCCCUACUGCACUGCGUCACCAUCUCGAACGCCAAGGCCAUCGUCUUUGGCAGCGAGUUGAUGGAAGCUGUAUGUGAAGUUCAUGCCUCUCUGGGGAGGACGCUGAAGGUGUUCUGCUCCGGGGAGUGGGAUCAGAAGCUGGUUCCCGAAGGAACCGAAAGUCUGGAGCUGCUGCUGAAGGACAUGCCCACACAACUCCCCAGCCCACCCCAGCGCAGCUUCACAGAUCGGCUCUUCUACAUCUAUACGUCUGGGACCACUGGGAUGCCCAAAGCUGCAAUCGUCGUUCACAGCAGGUACUAUCGCAUGGCUGCACUGGUCUACUAUGGUUUCAAGAUGACUUCAGAUGACAUAUUAUAUGACUGUCUGCCACUCUACCACUCUGCAGGAAACAUCGUAGGGGUUGGGCAGUGCCUCAUCCACGGCAUGACUGUCGUUAUCAAACGAAAGUUUUCUGCCUCUCGGUUUUGGGAUGACUGCAUCAAGUACAACUGCACUAUUGUGCAGUACAUCGGGGAGAUCUGCCGGUACCUGCUGAACCAGCCGGUCCGGGACGCGGAGAGGCAGCACCGUGUGCGAAUGGCCCUGGGCAACGGCCUGCGUCUCUCCAUCUGGAUGGAGUUCAUGACCCGCUUCAGCGUACCUCAGAUCGCUGAGUUCUAUGGCGCCACCGAGUGCAACUGCAGCUUGGGCAACUUCGAUAACAAGGUAGGUGCCUGUGGGUUCAACAGCCGCAUUCUCCCGGGCGUCUACCCCAUCCGGCUGGUAAAGGUGGACGAAGACACCAUGGAGUUGGUCCGUGGUCCUGAUGGUGUCUGUAUCCCUUGUAAGCCUGGUGAGCCAGGACAACUAGUGGGCCGAAUUAUUCAGAAUGACCCACUGCGGAGGUUUGAUGGUUAUGUGAACCAGACAGCCACCAACAAGAAGAUUGCCCACGAUGUCUUCAAGAAGGGAGACAGUGCAUAUCUCUCAGGUGAUGUGCUGGUGAUGGACCAGUAUGGCCACAUGUUCUUUAAGGAUCGCACCGGUGACACCUUCCGCUGGAAAGGGGAGAACGUGUCGACCACAGAGGUAGAGGGGACCCUCAGCCGUCUCCUGGACAUGAAGGACGUAGUUGUGUACGGCGUGGAGAUUCCAAGGUCUGAGGGAAAGGCCGGAAUGGCUGCGAUAGCUGACCCCGCCCAUGAAACGGAUCUGGAGAAGUUUUCCAAGGAGCUUGAGAAGGUGCUGCCGACGUACGCCCGGCCCGUGUUCCUGCGCUUCCUGCGGGAGGUAGACAAGACGGGCACCUACAAGUUCCAGAAAUCCGACAUGCGGCGAGACGGCUACAAUCCUCAAGUCAUGUCCGACAAACUCUACUUCCUGGAUGUUACCCGGGGGCGAUAUGUGGAGUUGACCACGGAGGUCUACCGUAACAUCGUUUCGGGGCAACAGAAAGUGUGACACCAAUCCCCAGCACCCCCCGCCCCACCCUACCCCUGUGCACCUUUUUCUUCAAAGCACAUACACUAUAUUGACCACCCCCACCCCCCAAUGCACCCUGAUUUCCCCCCCAACCCCUCGCAUUUCCCAACUCUGAAAGGCUCAGCCUCUCAUUACCUCGUUGAGCACACCCCCCCCCCCCCCUCAGUAAGGAACUGGUGGAUCUUCUCAGUAAAACAGAGAUAAACAGCCACCGAUUCUGCAUUUGAGGGCCAGCCAUUAUAAGGACGGGAAUUACAGGACUGUGUGGCGUCCCGGAAGUAAAAAGCGACCCAAAAGCCUUUCACCCCAAGAUGGCGAUUUGGCCUAUUGGCUGGGAACAGCGAUGGGCUCUGUGUCCGCGUCUAGCUGCAUAUGAUCUGCAUGGGGCUUCUGUUUCUGAAGGCAGGAAGAUUUUUGGAAAAAAUUUGAAAUUUGAAAAUGUGCAAUAUGAGAUGAGUUCCACCUGUGUAAUUAUUCAGAAAAACAUCCAAGUACAAUUCCUAUCAAAGUAGGAGUAGAAGUAAAAUUGUGGACCAUAAAUUAUAUUGUAGCCUCGUUGUACUUUAAAGCAGUUUUUCUCAAACCAGUCCUCAGGGACCCCCUGACGUUCCACAUUUUUGCUCCCUGCCCAGACGGUCCACAUUUUUGCUCCUUCCCAGCUCCCCGUAGUACAAAUGUGGACCGUUUCCAGGUCCCUAGAGGACCGGGUUAGGAAACGCUGCUUUAAACUACAGAAGACCUUGUCUGGUUUGAAGCUAGUUUAUCUACACGAAUUGAAGUUUAAAUACUGUGCUCAGCUCUGUGCUUAAGUAUACAUUCCUCCGUACGAGGCUGGAGGUCAGCUGCUGGGAGUCACAGCAUUAGCUACGCAGGGAAUGAGGACCAUGGGGACUGCAGUUUGGGAGAGCUUGGCUGGAAGGCUUUGAGGACCUCUGACCGGCUAUGAUGUUUCGAAGACCGAACGGAAGCCGUGAGCUCCUGCCCUCGUCACCUACCUUUGUGGGGACACUGGGUCUGGGGCUUCGGUGGAGCGACUGGUGUGACAUUCUGGUGCUAAUGGGCUCCCUCCACGGCCGACCGAGCCAGAGAGCGUACCGGUAUGUUGGGACCCAUGAAGAAAAGGGAAAGACGUUUCGCUCAUCAUUUCUGUUUAUCAUUUGGCGGCAUGAAUGAUCAACACUAACAGAGCACUGUGCCUUACUGUGAGUUUAGUGACCCCUACUGCUCAUAUUUAUAUGACUACACAUGUUCUGUGGUGUUUUCCUUUAUUUUACUGUUAUUCUGCUUGGAUCUUGUUUACCUUUGUUCUCACUUAGUCCCUAAUCUCAUUACUUUUUUCCUCUGCACUUUUUGUUUCAUUUUAUUUUUAAAAACAUCCCCCCCCCCCCCCCCCCCCCCCCCCCGCUCCGCCAGGCACUGUGCAUUUCGUUUGUACUGGUCAAGGCACCAUGAGGUGGGAGGUUUUCCAGGGAACUGCCUUGAUCAGAUAAUAUGGACUUUCUUUAUUUCCGUAUGUCUGCAAAUUGUGUCAUGCAGAAAGUGACAUUAUAUUUAACUGAUUAUGAAUAUUCUCUCUGAACUAGCAAUGGCUUUCGGAUCCACCCUCCCCCUACAUUUCCUGUUUGUUCGUUUUUCUGUCGAUUUAUAAGGCAUUGGAGGUCUUGUUGUGUAGGCAUCGAAGGCCAUUGCUAGGUUUUGUCUUCAGGUUUCGUUGAACAAACGGGAAAGUAAUUGAAUUAGCAUUGGUAGAAGUAGUAGAGUUAGUGGUAAUGUUAAGGGAUAUGACUGAGAUGUUUACUCCUUGUCUCAAGGGGUUUGUAAAUAUGCUUUAAUAUUGUCUGACCAGAGGUCUAGGGAUGGAUGAGGCGAAGCGUUUGUGUCUGUGUGUCUCUGUGUGGUUUUCAGAGGACAUCUUUGAUUUGUUUUGAAUUAUGUUAUCAUCACUGAACAAAUGUUUUUAAAUUAUUUUUUUUUGUGUAACUGAAGUUUUUGUUUGUGUGUGUGUGUGAAUUUUGAGUAUUUUAAAGGGAAGGUAUGCAAUGAACAGGUUCUCUUUGCUGCUCUGCUAGCAGGAAAGGUUUUCAGGGACGAAAGCAGAGCGACAAAACCACCCUAAGGGUUCGGGUGAUGGUUCCGUCAUCCCCUGGUCUGAAAAAGCUGUUCUAUACCAGUCCCCUUUUUAUUUUGCGGUUGGUUGAUUGUUUGUUUUCCUUUCUGGUAUAUUUUAAAACCAGCAAUUUACAUUGUAUAGGUGUGUUUUAAUUCUAGAGGGGGUUGCUGUGCAAGGUGGUGGUUUUGUAGACAACUUUAUGGCCUCAAUUCCUCUUUUACUGAAGUCAUACCAGGUGCCCUGAACGUGUCUGGGUUUCCCCCAUAAUUCCCCCAUAAUUCUUUUUGACAACUAAGGCAUCACAGUUUUAUCGCUUAAAUUGGGGAAAAAAAUAAAAUAAAAUAAACCAGGCAUCUUAAUAUUAGCUUUAAAAUAGUUUUAUUAUUUAUUAUUAUUUUUCUUACUUGAAAGACAAAUUAUGUUAAGAUCACUUUUCUUAACCCAAACAUAAUGACAUAAAAUCGUCAGCCAGGAAAAUCCACCUUAAAAACAGCCUGAAUUUUAGCUUUGCUAUUUACUGAAACACCAGCGUUUAUUUUCAGACUCUCAAGCCAAAAUGUGUCGUUGUAACAAGCGUCUGCACGCCUGCUUGCCUCUGAUUUGCCAGCUUGUGGCACCAGUGUGUGAUUCACCACUCUAUCCUGCUACGUUUCGCUGGACCAGUAAUCUCUCAGGGUUGUUUGGCAGUGUGUGAAGCUUCCAUUAUUUUCUUUAAAUAUGAUUUUAACAUGUUUUAAGCCAUGCUUUUUAUGGGUAGCUGGGUUUUGAAAUGAAGAUGGAGAAAUGAAAUGUCAGCACAAUGAUUUAAGGUCAUGUGUAUAAACAAACUUUGUACAAUGUGGAUGACACAGUGAGGUGUGGCCGGUCUUCAGAAACAUGGUGGGCUUUCAUUUGCUGGCAUGAACUGCACUGUCUUUCUCUUGCUCUGUACUCAGUCAUGAUUGGUCCACAUGCGCCAAUCCACUUUGUCUUUUGCUGUUUAAAAAAAAAAAAAAACAGUGGAUGCUGGAGAUCCGCAUCACGAUUCUGACCACUGAGAAACGACGCACUCUGUCUGUCUGUCCAUCAACCUUGUCCCUUCCCUGUUCUCCCAUGUUCUUAUCCAUAAAUGCACUAUUUUGUUUGUCGUACUCAGGAACAACUUAUGCAGUGAAAGAGAACGGGUGGUGCGUGUGUUAAUGAGGGUGGAGGUGUCGCUUGUGUCGGUGGAGACGCGCAGAAGCCACAAUGAUAUCCUCUCAUCAAAGGCCAGCUGUAAAUCCUGCUCUAAAACUACACCUGAGAAUCCAUACGAUUAAAAAAAAAAAAAAAGAUUUUGAUGUUCAAAAAAAGCAAACUGGAAGGUGUGGUGCGUAUUUUAUUUGUGGGUCGUUUUAGGCUUCGGAAAUUUAAUCAUAUUAACGGCGAAACACUUGGCUGCAAACUUUUCAUUCAGUUGAAAUGAUGAGGAUGUCUUUUCAACCUUCUGUGGAACUGACCUACGUUAGAAAUAAAUCACAGUGGCUUGUAAUUACAA